AUGUUCUUCGCAGCCUUCAACGCCAUUGAUGACAACAAGCAUCUCGCGAAGACCAUCCGUGAUGGUGAUGUUGUGAUGAGAGACAAGAAUGAUAAGAGAGUGCGUUGUUUCUCCAUGUUUGAAUCCAUGGAUCCGCCUACAGGAAUUCCAUGCACUGGAACAUUAAGGAAAAACCAGAGCAGUGAGGACCUUCUGCGGGAAAUUCAGGCAGCUAACAAGAAUGUGGUUAAAGUACCACCCCCUGUCCCUUCUAAACCAAAACAGAUUUCCUUACCUUAUUUUGGACCAUCUAAUUUAGCUGCAAUAGCAGAGAAUAAGCCAGAAUCCAUCACACCAAAGUUACCUGGGAAUGUCGGAACCUUCGUCAAUAAACUGAAGCCAACCCAAACUUCAGGACCACAGCACUGUGCUUCAAAUGUGCAAAUUCAUCCUUCUCCAGAGGCACCUCCUGCAGCUACCGUACGACCUUUCACCCCGCAACCAUCUAAAGAGCCUCCACCCCAACCCCUGAAAAAACCAGAAACGGUGGCUGCUAGUUCUAUUUACACGAUGUACACACAACAACAGGCACCUGGCAAAAACUUCCAACAGGCUGUUCAGAGUGCAUUGACCAAAGUGCAGACACGGCCUCAAUUCACAAGCGUGUAUGGCAAACCAGUUAUUCCUGGAUCCUCUCAGAAUUACACAGGCAGUCAGCAUCAAAAUGACCAGGAGAUUAGUAGUAUGUAUUCAAAGAGCCAAGAUAAACCAGAUGGUCCUGAUUCCGAGACUGAUAAUGCUGCAUCUCCACCAGAUCAUUCGGAGACUGAACGCAUUCCACGACCACUGAGCCCCACGAAGCUCCUGCCUUUCAUGUACAAUCCGUACCGAAAUCAGAGUGAUGCUGACUUGGAAGCAUUAAGGAAAAAACUGUCCAAUGCUCCUAGGCCACUGAAAAAGCGUAGCUCUAUUACAGAACCAGAGGGACCAAAUGGACCGAAUAUUCAGAAGCUGCUGUACCAGCGCACGACACUGGCUGCUAUGGAGACUGCUAGCCCAAUGCCAUUCUAUCAGCCAAAACCACCUGCUCUUUCAUCUGCAGAAGUGAAUGUUAUAGAUGAAAGCACAGAUCUCAGUAUUAAACAAGAGGAAGACACUACAGCUAUAACAAAUUUUCCUCUAGAUCAGUCUGAACCAAUUCUGAAGAAGGAAACUGAAGCCCUGGACACUGAGGAACAUGUUUCAUCUUCUCCUUGUGAUUCUUCUUCUGUUCUGGAGGGUCAGAUACCAACUUCUUCUGUGGAAGAGCACCAGAGUCAAGAUAGCCCACACUCUUCAGAAGAAUUAACAGAAGAAUAUCCCCCAUACCCACCUCCUCCAUAUCCUGUUACUGGUGAACACGAGACUAUAGGAGAUGAUAGUUUUAAUAUGCGUCCACCUGAAAUUACUGGACAUACCAUCCUGCCACCUGGAAAGAGGACAAAUCUGAAAAAGUUGGGCUCGGAACGCAUUGGUCAUGGAAUGAGGGUUAAGUUCAAUCCUCUAGCGCUAUUGCUUGAUUCUUCUCUGGAGGGUGAAUUUGAUUUAGUCCAGCGCAUCAUUUAUGAGGUGGAGGAUCCUAGCCAACCAAAUGAUGAAGGAAUUACAGCCCUACAUAAUGCUGUCUGUGCAGGUCACACAGAAAUUGUGAAGUUCUUAGUACAGUUUGGGGUGAAUGUUAAUGCAGCAGAUAGUGAUGGAUGGACCCCUUUGCAUUGUGCAGCCUCCUGUAAUAAUGUGCAAGUUUGCAAAUUCCUUGUUGAAUCUGGGGCAGCAGUAUUUGCUACAACCUACAGUGAUCUGCAGACUGCAGCUGAUAAAUGUGAGGAAAUGGAGGAGGGCUAUAUCCAGUGCUCACAAUUUCUAUAUGCUUUGUAG